AUGCGGCACGGCGGCAUCUCAACUUCGGAGAGAAACAAGAAGCUUCAGCGGCUUUUCGGAGAUGAGGAUCCGUAUAUUAGGAAACUCAAAUUUGGCGUCGUCGACACGCAGAAGCACCAGCUGAAUCUUCACGACACCAUUCCAUUCGUUACAGUAGCAGACCCGACCCAAACGCAACUCGUGUGCUUCGUAAACACCACCGCACGCGAUGUUGUAGAAGAGCUCACAGCGCUCCGCAAGAAGGACGAUGCAACACGGCAUUCUUUUGCCGUGGCUGUCUUUGAAGAUUCCGACGGAUUCGUGACUAUGGAGCGGCCUCCAACCAUUAACCGCGUGUAA